UUCAACUUCCUACUGAAUAUUGUCAAAUUAUAUAACUACAUUUAAUAAUAGGGAAGCAAUAUGCUUCUCCAUUUAACAAAAAAUGGAGUUUCAUCGCAUGUGUAUGUUUAUUUGUGUUCUUUUUCAAAAUUCUUUUGCAGGUUGUCCAAGAACAAAUGGUAAAUUAUGCUGUUUUGGACAUUAUUGGGAUGAAAGUGUCAAAUCCUGCAAAGUUUGCAAAAUUGGAUACUUUGGCCAAAAUUGUUCAAUGAAAUGUCCAUAUCCGAAUUACGGCGCAGAAUGUCAGCUGGAGUGCACAUGCAAUGCAAGACGGUGUAAUCCUUUCAUAGGAUGUGUAUCAGGAGAAGAAACAACUUUUUAUACAUACCAAACUUUUAGAAAUCACACUGUCAUAACCACCAACAAAGACAACAAACAUUUUACUGACGCUGCUGUAGACGAGAACAACACAUGGGUAUCACCAAUAACCACACAUUCAACGGAAGAUAAGCCAGAUGUGAGUCGCUUGAAUUUGACAAAUAUUACCUUGCUUGGAAUAUUUGGAGCGCUUGGCACUAUUUGUGUUUUCCUUGGGAUAUUUUUGUCCCUAUAUAUCAAAGAAAAAUUUAAAAGAAACAAAGUCAAAUUGAAAGGAAAGAACUACGAACAAGAUAUACAAAGAAAUACAUCAUAUGCCUCCCUGAAUAGUGUAGAGCUCGAGGUCCCUCAAUCUACACAGAUUAUGUUUAGAAAAGACAAUGAAGAUGUUACUUCAGUGUCAGAAAACACAAGAAAAGGAGCUCAUUAUCACCCUGCUGCUGGUUAUAUUGAACCAAUAGAUGUGUCAAAUCACUCUUAUUUAGAAGUUUUAGAAGUACUAAAUGAAGAUGAAAUCAUCGAAAACAAUGAGCCCGAAAUGUAUCUGACAGCAAUUUAA